CGGACUACGACGAGAGUGAACUUGAUAAGAACACUCCAACAUGGCGAAGGUAGCAUUUUUUCUGACGUGUCUGGUAAUAUUUGUUGUUGUUGUAAAAUCGUUUGGACGAGGACGAAAAGCCGGAACCCCAUGUAAAACAGAUAAUACUUGUGGAGAUAAUCCAGUGAUGGAAAGUCUAGAUGGUAAAGACUACUGCUGUUCAGAGGGAUCGAGAAUCCGACUACGACCACCCAGAGGAGCUAUGACCGAGGCUAAAUGUAAAUGUAUCGGGGCCAGAGGCGGAGGGAGACGCUUAGGAGGGCGCAGACCAAAUCAACGGGGACGAGGACAGGGGCGAGGCCAAGGACGAGGCCAGGGACGAGGUAGGCCAAUGAGAUGUAAUGUUCAGAACGAUUGUGGUGAGGGGUCGGUAUCUGGUACUGCUAAUGACAGACCAAUAUGCUGCCCAUCUGGUUACGUGGUUAACAAAACGACUGUUGAACGUCGAGGCAGAUCACGAGAGCGAUGUACCUGUCAAAUGCCUGAAACCGGAACUCUAUAAAGGGAGAUAACUGUGGAGAAUAUAGCCCUGGGUUUGUUGCCUUAUACAACAGAUUACCAUGUAGACACUUAUUGUAUCUAAUUUGUUUUAUUUGAUGAUGUAAAAUAAAUGAUAAUUAUGUGUAUUG